CAAAACGAGACGAGAUGGUGGCGCAGAAGCGCAAGAAGGCCAACGCCGACGCAGACGAUGAGCUCAAGGAGAAGCGGCGCAUUCAGUGGAAGCUUAAUCAGCGCAACAGUCGUCUGAAGAAACACAAACUAGCGCAAGACCUCAUGAAAGCCAACGAAGCAGCGACCCACGAUAUCGACGAACUCCAGAGGCGAUUGGACGUCCUAGCUGGCAGCGCGCUCGUUGCGAGGGAGCCUGCGUCCGUGUUCCGAGGCAACGCGGCCGUCCGCAUCAUUGAACAGUACUAUCAGGUGUUUCAGAACGGGUUCGCAACGUGCCCCGUCCAACAGCAAUUCCAAUAUGACUUCGUUCGGAAGAUCAUGACAACCUCGACAAGCUUUAUGAACGCCCAGGGCGCCGAGAGUGUUGUGGACCAAUGGCGCCUCAUGACAACGUCUCACCAUUCCCUGCGCAUCCGACCUGUCAGUUGUGAAUACAUGAAGGAGGAAGACGGCGUCGUCGUCCGCGCUGUCUCGCGCUACAUCGUCCGCACUUCAAGAAACACACUGGAAACAUUGUACCCGCAUGUGCUGAGUCGGGAGUCCCUCGUGCAGCACCUCAUUGGCCUCGAAGUCGAUGCGCUCGACACAGUCCACUCGUAUUUUGACGGGGACGGCCGCAUCAUCCGACACGACGUCGUGAUCGAUUUCGUCAACCCCCUCAUCAAAUUGCUCGGGGACGUGAAUCUGGCGGCGGAAGUGCUCAAUGGCGCGCAUUUGGCGGACAACGGCCUUGUCGACAUCGAACGCAGGCACACGCGCGGGGCUGCUGCCGUGGAGGAUAUUGAAAGACUGGAGGACAACGACGUCCCGCGAAGCCACUCUCCGCGGACGACUCGUCCAAGCAACCGAAGCGACAUCUCGAUGCUGCUGUCCACGGGGCCAUAGCGCCCGCAUCGCAAUUUAUUCUAUUAAUACGUUCCUCCGACCCAAGGACACCUUCGUCGGCGUCAUCUUCCUCGUGCCAAAAACGAUGGUCAGUUGCUUGACGGUAUUUGUUUCGAAUGCUUGUCCGUACCACUCGCACCCCUGGUGUGUCAGCUACGACGAGAUGUGAAUAAAGCAUUCC